AUGCUCGCCAAUUCCUCCGAUAUAGGCCCCAAGGGCGGUGCCGGGCCGACGCCUCAGCCGCAGACGCAGACUGGCCGCACCAGCUUCGACCGCGACGGCCUCCAGCCGCCCAAUGGCGGCGUCAACGGCGCUUCGACGCGGAACCUGUCCUCGUCUGUCAUGUCGUUUGGCCCCCGCGGAAGCAGUCUCAAUCCGGCCGCCGGUCCUGGUAGCUUCAGCUCCGAGCUCCGGAGCCAGAUCAUGUCCAGCCGCGCGGGCAGCAGGCUCGACGUCGGCUCCGUGUACAACGGCGGCGUCAUGGACAAGGUCCUGGAAGAGACGCCCGACUACGUCUCGGAGCAGCAACUGCUGCAGCUCAAGGACAGGCUCACCCGCGAGAUGAAGAUCAAAGAGGGCAGCGAGAACAUGCUCGAGGCCCUAAACGUCAAAAAGGCAAAGCAGACCAAGGAUCAGCGCCAGCGCGUCGAGGCGGAACUGAGCGCCAGUAACAUCCGCAUCCGCGAACUGCGUAGCAAAAUCACAGAUACUCAGCAACAGCGCAUACGACCCGCCACCCCGACGCGAACGUGGACCCAGGAGAGCACCCUGUCCAACGGCCCCCGAUCGAAUCAAAGUCCGACAAAGUCCAAUGCGGCCGAAUCCGAUAUUGACGAGACAACUGAGAGUCCCUCUUUUGCCCUGGCCGAACUACUGCACGCUCUCGAGGUGGAGGGCAUGAUGCCCGAGUACUACGUCAGCCGCGCCAACCAACUUGUCGGCCUGUUCAAGAGACACCCCGCUAUCAAGUAUGACUUGGUGUGGUCCAUCUUUGGCAUGCGCAUGCAAAUGAUGCUUCUCAGCGAAAGUCGAGAAGUAGUCGCGGCUGGCUACCGUGUCACCCGAUACGCCAUCUCCGACGUGGCUUCGCUGAGGAAGAUUCGAAACCUCAAUACCGAUUUUCUCGUCGUUCGCUCGCUCAACAACUACAGGAAGGCUGACGUCGAACGCGAGCAAGCUCUCAAAUUUGUCAGGGCCUUUCUUGACGUCAAAGACGGCGUCAAGGAGAUAUCAAGAGCCGUUGUCAGAACUAUUGUUGCUGUCGCUGAACAGGGCGAGGAUCGACGUGCCACUGUUCCCGCCCACGAUCAGAACAUUGAUCGAUUGCGCCCCAUUUGCAUCGAAACGUUGGCUGAGAUUCUUGUCAAAGACCCUCCUCUACUGGUAGCCUCGGGCGGCCUUGGCCCCUUAUCGGAUGCCCUCUCUGAAGGGUCUUACAAGGCAUCUGAGAGCUUGACGGCCGUCUUCCUGUUUCUCCUCGAUACUCCUCAAAAGCGCAAAUAUCUUGAGCCCGAGUGCGGCUUGGAUGCCCUCUUCACAGCAUUCACAGAUCUGUUGGGUACAAACGAAAUCAUUUUGAAGCAAAGCUGUCGUGCAGUUUCCGUUGCAAUGAGAUCAUGGUCUGGCAUCAUGACACUCUGCAUGUACGAUUAUCGCCCGAUUCGAUCUCUCAUCUAUAGUAUGCUUCUUCCCAGCGAACAUGUGCGAGAAAAUGUGCUCGACCUUUUAUUCUCAAUCCUGCGAAUCAAGCCCCCUGCUUGGGCGACCUCGUUCCUAGCCGGUCGUCGCUUGACAACGUAUGGCCGCGUUGCCAACCUGAAAUCAGGCGACGCCAAGGAAAAGUCGUCGCCGUAUAUGGAGGAAGACGGCAGCGAGCAAAACUUUGUCCAUCAUUAUACCGCGCUUAUUCUGGCUGUCCUCAUCAAGGCUGGACUAUUGCAUAGCUUGUUGCAGAUUGCGCAAACAGAAGAAGACCCUAUGCUGAAGCGCAAAAUAUCGCUAUUGCUUUCCGAGGUUCUGAAACUCGCCAGCCGGUUAUUGCCACCGUCUUGGAGCGCAGAGCUCCAACUUCUCCCCGAGCUUUUCAAAGCCGCUACCGAUUUCGCCACGGAUCAACAUUUCGUCGCCUCCAGCAUUGUCUAUCAGAUCAGCAGCGUCAGCAAGACAUUGUACAGAAGCGCGCCAUCGGAAACGAUGGCUGGCAUCCUUCCCUCCAGUGAUAGCAUGAUCGAUUUCGCCGCCUUGGAGGGCCAACACCGAGCAAAUGCUAGCCUUCUCUUGGAUGAUACCACAUUCCGCCAGUUGCUGGUUGACUCGGGCGUGCUCAACAGCUCCAACUAUACAAAAUGGAACUGGGAUGUCAUUAUGAAAAUCGUCAGCGGUCCACUACAAAGUGGCAAAAGGCUGGAUGAGGCUGUAAGGGCGUCUAAAUGGAUGAAGCGAAUUAUGAGCUUCUAUCGACCAUUUAAAUACAAGUUUGCCGAAAUCAAGAAUACGCGCAACACACAGAAAUAUGUGCAGACUGGCUGUGCCCUGAUGCACUCGCUGUUGCAGUCCAACGAAGGCGUCAGUAUGCUGGCCGACAGCAAACUAGUUCGCCAAAUCGCAGAGUGCCUCGCACAAUGCGAUCCCACCAGCGGUCUUACAGCGCAGUUUCCACUGUUUGCCAAAGAUCGCCUUACUGAUACCCUCUGCAAUGGGUACUUUGCUAUGCUUGGUGUCCUGACUGGCGAUCCGAAAGGCGUGAUGCUUCUGGAACGAUGGAAGAUGUUCAACAUGAUGUACCACAUUGUCGACCUGAAGCAGCGACCUGAUUUGAUCAAGCUUCUGCUUACCAAUUUCGAUUACACCCUCCAGGGUCAUCAUCGUGUACUACUCGCCAAGGCUCUCACCGCGGGAACCAAGGACAUUCGAAUCUACGCAACCGAUGUGCUACGCAAGUGCACUCUCCGCCGUCCAGCCGCUACCAAUGCACUGGGGGAUGUCAGCGACUCGCGAUGGGCCAUUCAGCUUCUGUCGACUCAGUUAUACGACCCCGAAAUCGAUGUGUGCGCGACUGCAGUCAAGAUUCUAGAAAAAGCAUGUAACAGAAAGAGGUACCUGGAAUAUGUCGUUGAAUGCAGACCAGCCCUGGACCAUCUCGGCGAGAUUGGGGCACCACUGCUUCUACGUUUUCUCUCCACGUCGAUUGGGUAUCACUAUCUGGAUGGGCUUGACUAUAUUAGCAACGAAAUGGAUGACUGGUUCCUGGGUAGGAACGACAGCUACGUCAACGUUAUUGAGGCUUCUCUUGCGAAAUCUUUUUUGAUGGAUGCCGACGAGCAAGGACAACAGUCGGCCAUGUUUGACGAGGCUGAGUCAGGAGCCGAUUUCCAUGACAAUCAUGUACCGCCGCAUUUCUAUCGAGAAUUGACGAGAACUAAAGAGGGCUGCAAACUUUUGCGAGACAAGGGGCAUUUUGACGAAUUCGCGUCCACCAUUCGCGAUCACGGGAUGCAAGCAGAGGAUCCCGAGCUCAUGACAAAGGUCAAGGGCUGUAUGUGGGCGGUAGGCAAUGUCGGUUGCAUGGAGCUUGGGGCGCCAUUUUUGGAGGCUUCCGACGUGGUAGAGCAGAUAGUCCGCAUCGCCGAGUCUCAUCAAGUCAUGAGCAUCCGAGGAACAGCAUUUUUCGUCCUCGGGCUCAUCUCUCGCUCCACGCACGGCUUAGAGAUUUUAUCAGAACAUGGAUGGGAUGCCAAUACGACACCAAUGGGCAACUCUCUUGGAUACUGCAUCCCGACCGACCUCGGCAAGCUCCUGUCACUAAAGCCAUGGCACCACACCGGGGCAUCCUCCAUCAGCCUACCUCUCACGCAAAGAACGAUUCGCGAACCGCCACCCAGUCGUGUCUCGACGCCAUCAAAGGAGAAUAUUGAAGCGGUGCCCCUCGUAACAGACGAAGAAGUCAACGCGCGCAUCGUCGAACUUCUUGUAGAUCUGGGCAACACGGUCCUUUAUAAGAGGGCCGUGACGGAGCUACAAAAGCUUAAGCAGCGCAAGCCAUCGGCGUUUCGCAGUACCGACUUUUUCAAAUACGUCAUGGGUCUCAUGGAAUGGAACCACUACCGGCUCGGCGUGCGCAGAAUGGUGAUUGACUUGUUUGACAAGAAUGUGAUGCGGCAGAUUGUCUUUGAGGAAUCAGAGGACGAGGACGAGGACGAGAGCAGCGAGGAGGAGUCGGAUGAGGACCAGGUCAUUUCGCGGAGCGCGCAGAAACAGGAGCAGCACCGCCGCAAGUUUGAGCAGCCAAAGAAGAAUGACAAGGAUGAGGAGGGACAGGGCAAUUCUAGUGGCAACAGCCUCAGCAGCGAUGACAACCGCACGGAGAGACAGCGCAGCGUGAGCGAGCCGACCGAGUAUCUACGAACCAGCAUGCUGCCUCCGCCACUUAACUUGGGGCGAUAG